AGUCGCAUUUUACUCUUUAGCAGUCGUCAAGAAAUCAACAAAUCACCAAAGCUUUUGAAAGCUUUCUUUCUUUUCCGUUCCGUAUGCAGUUGUGUCUGUUGAAAGAAAUUAGUAGAAAUGGCGAAUCGUGCUGGUCCAUCGAGGCGUAUUCCAGAAAAUGAAGCAGCAAUUACAUAUGUACAAUGUGAUGGUUUGGCAGUGAUGAAAAUUGUGAAGCACUGCCAUGAAGAGUCAUGCAGUAACAUGGAAGUGGCACAAGGAGCCCUACUCGGACUAGUUGUUGAGAACCGCUUAGAGAUCACAAACUGUUUUCCAUUUCCCAAGCAUGAUGAUACUAUGGACGAGGAGGAGUAUCAAUUAGACAUGAUGCGGAGACUACGUAGAGUCAAUGUUGAUCACUUCCAUGUUGGAUGGUACCAGAGUGCAGAUGUUGGCAAUUUUUUGAGCCAAUCGUUGCUUGAAUCACAAUAUCACUACCAGACAUCCAUUGAAGAGAGUGUUGUUGUCAUUUAUGAUACUAAGAAGUCUGCCAGAGGUUUCCUCACUCUAAAAGCCUACCGGUUAACUCCUCAGGCUAUUGCAAUGUAUAAAGAAGGUGAUUACACUCCAGAAGCCCUCCGAAACCUUAAGAUUGGCUAUGAGAACCUGUUCAUUGAGGUUCCAAUAGUGAUUCGUAAUUCACCACUUACCAAUAUUAUGAUGUCAGAGCUACAAGAAAUGAUUCCAGAAGAGGAGGGCUGCAAAUUUCUAGAUCUGGGCACAUCUUCAGUUCUUGAAGGCCAACUCCGUAGCUUAAUGGAGAGGGUUGAUGAUCUCAACCAGGAAGCGAUCAAGUUUAACCGGUAUCAACAGCUUGUGGUCCGUCAGCAGCAAGACAAACAUCGUUGGUUGUCUAAGCGGGCACAAGAAAAUGCAGCUAGGGCUUUGAAAGAUGAGCCUCCACUGCCAGAAGAAGAUGUGAAUAAGCUUUUCAAGCCCCUUCCUGUCCCACCUAGGUUAAAUCCAAUGAUCCUAGCUGGCCAAAUAAACACUUACAGUCAGCAUAUUAGUCAGUUCUGCUCGCAGAGUCUGGCGAAGUUGUAUUUGACUCAAGCAUUGCAAAAUGCAAAGGACGCGAAACAAAAUAAUUAAGAAUUUGUAAUCUUAUUAAGGUUUCGUCGUAUUAAAUUGUUAUAAUGAAUUAUGGUUUUUUAUUAUUAAUAAUCUCCACAGUAAUUUUUAUCAGUCAUUAAACAUUUAAGCAGCUUUAUUUUACAGUAGCCUAUAUGUGUGAAAGU